AUGGCGGACGCAGAGCUGGAGGAGAUCAGGCGAGCUCGCCUUGCACAGCUCCAGCAGCAGCAGGGUGGCCAGGGUGGAGGCCCUAGCCAACAAGGCGGCCAGGAGGAGCAGAGAAGGCAAGCUGAGUCGGAACGCCGCGCCUCCAUCCUGAGCCAGAUCCUUGACCCCGCCGCCGCCGAUCGCCUCGGCCGCAUCCGCCUCGUCAAGGAAUCGCGCGCCGUCGAUAUUGAGAAUCGACUCUUGAUGCUGGCACAGAGUGGCCAGCUGCGCCAGAAGGUUACCGAGGAACAGCUGAAGGAGCUCCUGAAUGCCGUUGCUGAGAACCAGCGCAAGGAGGAGGAGGAACACAAGAUUGUGAUCAGCCGGCGCAAAGGUGGCUGGGAUGACGAUGACGACCUGCUUGACCUGUGA